AUGAACUGCAGUUGGAUAAAAAUAACACAAAAUUUACAGAAGGGUAUUUUGGUCAUUAACCAAUUGGAUGAUACAAAAUUUGAACAAUUUUUGAAAAGAAUUGUUAUAAAAUUACGAUUGCAGGAUACAGAAAUUUUUACAGUUGAUGAAAGAAAGAAACUUCAAGUAAUAUUUAAAAUAGAUGAAGAGACCUUAUUGAUAGCAAUCAAAACAAUAAUUUAUUUAUAUAAAAGGCUACUAAAAUUUAUAUUUAUGCCAGUUGAUUUACAAAAGGACCUGAUGCAUAUUGGAUUUAAUAAUGAAAAAACGGAAUUUAUUGUAAAGAUGUGGUCCUUGGAAAUAAGUCCUACCUUAAGUGAAUUAGCUUCAAAAGAAAGCAAUAAAUGUGGAGAGUCGCUAAAUUUUUCAUGGAAAUUGAAUACUGAAUUAAGUUCUAGUUUACAGAAAAAAUGUAAAAUUCCAAAAGCUUAUUUAUUAAUAUCUAAUGAGAAAGAAGAAAAUGAAAUGGAGCUUACUCAUUCUGAUCUAUAUGCAAUGUUCAUUCAACUUGAAUCCAUUCAAAAUGAUUUGGAUAAUCUAAUAUUGUAA